UUUCUUUGGUUAAGAUCACCAUCUACCUGUCUGGAAAGAAAAAUCAAAGCCCCUAGAAACUGGUUUUUUCUAUAUAAUAUCUCCAAUUGAGAGACCUUAAUUUCCAACCAUGGCAAGCCUCGACUUUGUGCACUUCCUUUCUAUUGUAUACUCCUUGUUCAUCAUUGCCACUGGAUGCGGCGUCAUGGCCUUGUCUCCGGCCGUCAAAGCGGGUUAUUAUCCGUCAGGGGCUUUGGAUAAUCUCCCACCUUCAGCCAUAAAUACAUCAUUAAUCACCCACGUCUUGUAUGCUUUUCUUGUGCCCAACAAUAUUACUUUUGAGUUUGACAUUUCAAAUUCAAAGGCGACGAUCCUCUCAAACUUCACCACCACCCUUCAUCACAAGAACCCCCACGUUAAGGUUCUUUACUCCAUCGGUGGAGGUGGUAUUGAUCCCAACCAUUUUGCUGCCAUGGCCUCCGCUGCCUCCUCCCGUCGAACUUUCAUACAUGCAACUAUAGAGGUUGCUCGAAAAUAUGGGUUUGAUGGGCUUGACCUUGAUUGGGAAUUCCCUGAAAGCCCAAAAGAAAUGGAUGAUUUUGCCCACUUGCUAAAAGAAUGGAGGCAUGCAAUCCAAGAGGAGGCUAGGGGCACAAAUAGGCCUCCCCUAUUGCUCACUGCCGCUGUGUACUACUCGGCGGAAUUCUUAGUAUAUGGAAGCCACCGCUCGUACCCGACAGCUUCGAUCAAGGAAAACUUGGAUUGGAUUAAUGUGAUGUGUUACGAUUAUCACGGAUCAUGGAACACGUCGGUGACGGGGGCCCAUGCUGCAUUGUUUGAUCCAAGAACUAAUUUGAGCUCAAUCUAUGGGCUCAAGUCGUGGAUCAAGGCUGGAGUACCUGGGAACAAGGUGGUGAUGGGCUUACCGCUCUAUGGGAAAACAUGGAAGCUCAAAGACCCAAAUCUGCAUGGGGUUGGAGCACCUGCCAUUGGCGUGGGUCCUGGAGAUGACGGUGUGCUACUUUUCUCGGAGGUGGAGGCAUUCAAUAAGAGGACCAAGGCCACCAUUGCAUAUGAUGUGGACACUGCCUCGGUCUAUUCUUUUGUCGGGACAACGUGGAUUGGGUACGAUGAUGCACUAUCGAUAACAGUGAAGAUUGGGUUUGCUCAAGCCCUUGGGCUUCGUGGGUAUUUCUUUUGGGCCAUUAGCUAUGAUAACGAAUGGAAAGUCACAACACAAGCUUCAAGGGCAUGGAUCGUUGACAAAUGAGAUUGGAGCUUCAUUAUUUACCCUGAAAUAAGCUCUCCAGACUCGAGAGAUUCCAAAUAAAACCUCCACCUUCUACGUGGUGUAAAGUAAAACCAAAUUUUCAUGUUCUAAUUGUUUUUAUCAGUUUAUAAGGCUGGAUGUGGUAAUUAAGCUCAACUCAUGUAUCUAUGUUCCUACUUGAACUGAUCAAGACCAUCUCAUGGGGAUAUAAAGUGACAAGAAAGGAAAAAAGAAAAGAUAAAUAAAUUUUACGUUGAACAGAAGAUA